CAUGCCCCAACUUAAUAAAAGAAAAACUGCACUAAAAAACGCAACUCAGAAUAAAAUAGGAAAAUUUUUCAUAGAACUUGAAAUUGAGAGUGAUACAGAAGAGAACAUAUUAGGGGAACAAUUAGAAACAGGUUUGGAUGAUACUUUUAGUGAAAAUGAUUGGGGAAAUGAUGAGAUAAGUGAUUAG